UGGUGACGUUUUCCACACUUCCGGUAUAAAGUUCAGCACGUUUUUACAUCCAAAAAGUUAGAAAUGCAACAGACUCAUUCUGUUUCAGCAAAUAUAGCUGGCCAAGCUGCUAUACCAGGUCAGAGCAGACAUAAAAUUGAAGAACUUGACUUUCCUUUCUGUCCAGAGGCAACAAAAUAUGAGAAAUUAGCCAAGAUAGGACAGGGAACAUUCGGGGAGGUUUUUAAAGCGAGAGAUAGAGCUAACAGACAAGUGGUGGCUAUGAAGAAAGUCCUGAUGGAAAAUGAGAAGGAAGGGUUUCCAAUCACAGCACUUCGAGAAAUUCGUAUUCUGAAGUUACUGAAGCAUGAAAAUGUUGUCAACCUUAUUGAAAUAUGCAGAACUAAAGCUAGCCAGUACAACCGAUUUAAAAGUACUUUCUACCUGAUAUUUGAGUUCUGUGAACACGAUCUUGCUGGGUUACUAAGCAACAUGAAUGUCAAGUUCAAUCUAGGAGAGAUAAAGUAUGUCAUCAAACAGUUACUGGAAGGUCUGUAUUAUCUUCAUACCAAUAAGAUCUUACACCGAGAUAUCAAAGCUGCGAAUAUUCUCAUCACGAAGGGAGGGAUAUUAAAACUGGCAGAUUUCGGGCUGGCACGGGCGUUAGAUCAUAUCCAGAAGUACACAAACAGGGUAGUGACAUUGUGGUACCGCCCACCUGAGUUGUUGCUAGGAGAAAGGAAUUAUGGGCCGGCUAUUGAUAUUUGGGGUGCUGGAUGUAUAAUGGCGGAGAUGUGGACACGAACACCAAUCAUGCAGGGACGAAAUGAACAACACCAGUUACAUCUGAUCAGUCAGUUGUGCGGCUCUAUAAAAACUGACGUGUGGCCAGGCUGUGAUAAACUCGAUAUGUUUACUCAAAUUGAAAUUCCCCAAGGUCACAAGAGAAAGGUCAAAGAACGAUUAAAGCCAUAUGUCAAAGAUCAAUUUGCUCUAGACCUUCUAGAUAAAAUGCUGACGCUUGACCCAUCUAAAAGACUAGAUGCUGAUGGAUGUUUGAUGCAUGAUUUCUUCUACGAGGACCCUGCUCCACAAGAGCUUACCCGCAUGCUAUCCCAGCAUUCAACGUCAAUGUUUGAGUUCCUGGCACCCCCUCGACGAAAUCAACAGGGACGUCCAGUUGCUCAAAAAGUACCGCAGAAUAUGGAUCAGAACUUUGAAAGAGUGUUUUGAAUGGAAUUAAGUGUUGAGAUAUUCUGAGAUUUGUUUAAAUGGUUGUUGUUAAGUUUAAAAAACAAAACAAUACAAAAAACUGUAUAUAAAGGGGUUUUAUAGUUUACAACAAGUUGGUUACAUUUGCAAAAGAAUUUAUAGAUAUAAGUAAUAUCUAACAUUGAAUCUAGUUGUAUGAGAUAAUACUUUUAAUAUUACAUUAAAAUAAUGCAGCAAAGCAUUUUUUUUAUAGAUAAGUGGUAUAUAAAGUAAUACCUGUCAUUGAAUAUGGAUGCUCGGGUUUUAAAUUUACUAUUUCAAGAAUGUCAAUGAUUAUAGAUUUGCUUUUAUGGUUACUGUCAUUAUAUCUUUUACAAGACUUUUUUUUAUUCAUUAUGAAUGGAGCAUAGGUCUUGUAUUAUGAUGAUGAGCAACAUUAUAUAUUAAUUUCCAGUUUUAAAAAAAAAUAACGUGACAUUUAUUUACAUACUUGUGUACGUGAUAUAAGUGGGAGGAGACCCUUUGCUAUUAAAAAUCAUCAUAAAUUUAUGAAAUGAUGAUGAAUUGCAAAAAAUAAUACACAAACAAUUUUACUUUAAGCUCACCUGAUUGAGGGCAGUGUGUCCGUCAUCCACAACAUCUCCUAAACCACUUGAUGGAUUUUAACCAAACUUCACAAGAAUGAUUUUAUGUUGUCCUCUUCAAAAGUUAUAUAAAUGGUUCCAGUGCACCUGAUUGAGGGCAGUGUGUCCGUCAUCCACAACAUCUCCUAAACCACUUGAUGGAUUUUAACCAAACUUCACAAGAAUGAUUUUAUGUUGUCCUCUUCAAAAGUUAUAUAAAUGGUUCCAGUGCGGUAAUUAGGUCACAGGAGCUAAAAAUUGACUUAAAUUAAAAAUGAAAUCUUAAAAAAUCUUUUUCGAAAAACUACAUUGCCCAGAGCUAAGAUAUUUUACAUGUAGCAUCACCUUGCGUUCUUUUAAAUAAGUAUUAAUCAUGCCCCUGAGGUAAAAAAUGACCCACCCUAGAGGUCACGUAGUUUACAUAGGAUUUCUAUAUAGGAAAAUAAAUUAUAAGUUUUUUAUGAAACUGCAUUGAAUGCCUAGUUUAAAUAUUUAGCAUGUAGUAUUUCAAAGUUGACCUCUACAAAAGUAGAAUUUAAAAUAAUUAAAAAAAUAAUUUAUAUAGAAUUGUUAUGUUGAAAUUUAGAAUAUUACUACUCAGAAACUACAUUGCCAAGAGCUUAGAUGUUUGGCAUGAAGCAUCUUGAUCAAGUGACCUACAUUUUGUAGUUAGUUUUAUGUAUAAAAUUUCAAUUGCAUGCUCAUUUCCAGAUGCAGAUUUGAACUUAGUUGACAUAGAUUUCCAUAAUGCCUGUCUUUUAUCAAUAGUUAUCAGUAUCAUCAGUCUUCUGUUAUUUUGAGCCUUUAUAGUAAGGUGAGCAAUAUAGAGCAUCAUGGCCCUCUUGUUACCAAUAUUCAUGAUAUCCUGGAACUAAUUGAGUUAGAAAAAGAUUUUUGAAUAUUUUGAACUUAACUUAUGUGGAUAGUUAGUGCAUUAGACUUAGGUUAACUUCCUUUAAAUUAACACUUGACAACAUUUUCUACUGAGAACAAUUUUGUAAUUUUUUAUAAAAAAGAGGACAAAUCGGGAAGCUUCUGCUUUAACAGUUUGUUAAUGAAUUAUAUAGAUAAAAUUGAUCUACCUCAGGAUUUUUAAAUUUAGAUUUUGCUUUUUGUUUGGAAAGAUAGAACUAUUGCAUGAUUAAUAUUUGUUUACUUUUUUCAACCAAGGUGGAAAUAUUAUGUUAUUCAAAGUGACCUUUUCACCUUUUUAGAUGAUGUUGCCAGACUGUGUUCAUGUAUAUUCAUUUAAAUUUUAUUUUUCUGUUUAUUUUUUCAAAAUAUAAAGAGGAUAUUUUUUAAGUUCAGUGUAAGAUCGGAAUAUAUUUUACCGAGUGAGCACCAAAAGGUAUAUUUCACGAGUGGCGCAGGCACGAGUGAAAUAUGAACUUUUGGUGUUCACGAGGUCAAAUAUAUUUCAAUCUUGCGCUAAACUUAACAAAUUUUCUUUUUAUUACAUGCUAUGAAACCUUUAAAAAGACAUUUUAUCAUGGUACUAAAUGAAAAGCGCGCCAAAUUUUAAUACAACAUGUCGUCAUUUACAACGUCACGUCAUUAAGCUGGUUUCCAGUGCUGUGCACGCUGGUAUUUCACUGAGACAACGUAUCGGGCUUAAAUUCAAAACAGUGAAAUUAUCAAAUUGAUAAUUUCACUGUUUCAAACAGUGAAAUUACCAGUUUAUAAAUCACUGAUAUAUUUCUAUAAUCCACCAAAAAGCAUGUAAUAAAAAGACAUAGUUACCUAAUCCUGUACAUUAUUUUGUGUAAAGUUAAUUUAAACUUCUGUUUUAUUUUUCUGUUUUGAUUUGUUUGUUUUUUUCUGUAAGAUUUAAACUUUACAGUGUGUAAGACUUGAGUAUAUCUUUUGCCAAAUCUUGCCUGUGUUCAAGUAUGUGCUGAAAAGAUCUCAAUUUUCAUGUUAUAGUGUUUAUUUUCCAUACUGUUGUGUCCUAGUGUUUGUUUUUCAAGAUGUCCUAGUGUCUGCCAUAAAUGUCAAAAUUGGCUCUGCCCUUGGGUUCAUUAAGUUUAUAAUAUUAUACAACAUAAUCAUCAAAAUUGAUGGUAAGAAAUAUUAUUAAGAUUAAGCAGCUAGGAUUAAAAAUGACUAGCCCAGUCAAUGUGACCUUAUAAAUUACUCAUUUGUUUUAAGAAUUAUGAUCUUUUCAAGCAAAUUAUCUCUGGGUCACCAUGCAGCCCACCCACUUUCCUCACGGAUGGUUUUGUUUGCUUUAUAAAGUAGAAAAAUGGAAGUCAGUGCUUUGGUGCUUUAAUUAAUUGCCUUUGAAUUGACCACCCUGUUGUUUUAUGUUUAUUGAAAAAGUUAGAUGGUUAUUUUGAGGGUAAGACCUUACAGAAUAAUUUGAUUCUUUUUCUUCAAUGGUUAUGCCAUUUCUCACAUAGUCCAAGGUAUUGAAAUAGUCUAGCUCUAAUUAAGCGGUGUGUAUAUGUGUAGGCGAGAAUAAAACCAGGUUGUAAGCAUAAUUUACUCAUUCAUUCUAACAUUAUAGCAUUGUUUAAGUUGAACAUGUGAUUUAAAUUAUUUGAGAUGUUUGUGUUUUUGUAAAAGUAUGAUUUACAUUAUGAAAAUAUUGUUAAAGUUAAAAACUUUUAUAUUUGAGUUUUUUUAUUUGUUGAGUUUCAAUAAAAUAUUU